UCAAAAUAUCACACAUUGAAUCUCUAUCUCAUGGCUGGGGAAACUGUGCACAGGUCUCUCGACGGCCGGAUAGCUAUAGUCACCGGUGCUUCGCGUGGCAUUGGCAAGGCCAUUGCCAUUCACCUCCACUCCCUUGGCGCCAGAGUUGUGAUCAAUUAUGCUUCAAACUCCACCCAGGCUGAUCUCCUAGCUUCCGAGCUAAAUUCUUCUGGUACCUCUUCCCUGCCUCGAGCAAUAGCUGUUAAAGCUGAUGUUUCAGAUACUGAUCAGGUCAAGUUCCUUUUCGAUCAAGCUGAACAAGUGUUCGAAUCAAAAAUCCAUAUACUUGUAAAUUGCGCCGGAGUCCUGAACCCCAAGUAUCCAACUCUGGCCAAUACAACAGUAGAAGAUUGGGAUGCAACAUUCAAUGUGAAUACCAAAGGCGCUUUCUUGUGUGCCAAGGAAGCCGCUAAUCGCCUGACUCGCGGCGGUGGCGGGAGGAUCAUUCUGAUAUCAACAUCGGUUAUUGGAUCACUCCCGCCUGGAUAUGCAGCCUAUGCUGCUUCCAAAGCGGCCAUUGAGACAAUGGCGAAGAUCCUGGCGAAAGAGGUGAAGGGUAGUGGGAUAACAGUGAAUUGUGUGGCUCCGGGGCCGGUGGCAACGGAGCUGUUCUUUGCUGGUAAAAGUGAGGAAAUGAUAAACAGGUUUGCAGAUGCGUGCCCUCUGGGAAGACUUGGAGAGCCUAAGGAUGUGAGUAAAAUUGUGGGAUUUUUGGGGAGUGAUGAUGGGGAAUGGAUCAAUGGCCAAAUCAUUAGAGCUAAUGGUGGAUAUGUGGUUUGACUUUGAAGAUUUAUUGAUUUGAUGUUAAUUUUUCUGGGAAAUUCAAAAAGGUUGAAUCUUGAAGCUCUCAUUGGAUCGUCAUGGCUGACAUCAUCUUGAUCUUGAUGUUUACUUUACUUGUGAAGUACUUUAAGCGGUUUACCAUCGACCGUUGGAUGCAUCAGUCGACAUGAUCAAUGAGUCAGAACAAUGCCAUAAUAUUAGAUUUGUAUCCUGUGCUUAUCCAAUAAUCAAUAUACACGUGAAGUCAUUACUUUAUUUGAA